AUUUACUUGUUCUUUUCAAAUUUCCUUUGAUUGCAACCGCUCCGACGGCCCAAGCUCAUCCACGUUCACAUCAAUUUUUUUCUCUCUCCUUUAUCUAUAAUUUUUAAAUAUUUUAUACUAAUAUAUAUAUAAUCAUCCCAUCAUGCUUUGAUCCAUUAUCUCAUUUAAUUUAUUUGGUUUCUCGUUCAUUUUGUUGUUGCUUUGGUGGUGGGAUUAGCUUCUUGUUUCAGCACAACAAGAAUCCAAUCCCAUCCCUAUUUCCGAUCAUCAAUCAUUGAUUAAGAUCCAUAUUCAAUUACCAUGGCGGCACCUCGAUCUCUAGCUCGCUUUUCCCCUCUUUCCAAUUCUGCAACGAAAGGACCUGCUAAUCGUUUCAUGAAUUUCCGACACAAAUCAAAUGUGUCACUUGUUUUCUCCGUUGAAGAUCCGGCGCCGGAAGAGAUGGAGACGAUAGCGAUGAAGAAUUUAGAAGAUGCAAUUCAUAAGAUUAUAGUUAAGAAAUCUCAACCUAAUUGGAUUGCUCUUGUUCCAGGUGCUUCUUAUUGGGUCCCACCUAAGAGUAAAGCUCAAGGGAUUGCUCAUGUUAUUGGUAAAUUGGUUAAUAAUUCCACCACCACUAAUUCUAUGCUUAAGGAUAAGUCUUUUCUUUCUUCCAAUCGUGGAUGGCCUUCUUCUGCUUAUUUCUUUAAAGGGGCAUCCAAUUCUCCAUUAGAGGGAGAGACAAUAUCAAAGCAAACAUCGCAAUCUGAAGACGAGGAAGGUUAAUCGUUCCAUUCAGCAGAAAAUCCUACCCAAGGCUUCCACCAGUUGUAAACUAUUUGUGGGAAAGGUGGAAACUUGUUGGAUAUAUCAGGGAGGCCAAGAUUGAUACAUGGUUGCCAAGUAGGAUGAAGGCGAUGAACAAGCAGUCCUAUUGCUCAGAUAAACCGCUGCAGAGACCGGAUUUUUCAAGGUGAAGAUCAACGAGCAUGUAGACAGUUAAAUUGAGACUUGUAUUGUUGAACUAUCGAAUUUUAGUGUUGACUAAGAUUCAGUCUUGUAAAUAUUUGAGUCUUGAUCCUUUUAUCUAAAUCAUGCGUGAAUAAGAGUUGCUUAAUGUUUAUCACUUCCUCUAUUGUACAAGUGAGAUGCAAAUGUUAUACAUUGGUAAACUUA